UAUUGGGGCCUCUUCCUCUGGGUCUGAAUCAGUCGGUGACCCCGCCCCCUGGAUUCUGCAAGACCCCACCAUGGGACAUCCCUCACCUGCUGCGGUCUGGACCUGGAUGUUCCUGCUCUUGCUGCUGGAAGCCUGGACAGGACGCUUGAGGGCACAGGAGUCCAAGGUGCUGGGCGGCCAGGAGUGUGAGGCCCAUUCGCAGCCUUGGCAGACGGCCUUGUUCCAGGGCAUCCGGCUGCUAUGCGGGGGUGUCCUCAUCGAUGAAAACUGGGUCCUUACGGCAGCACACUGUAAAAAACAGAAGUACACAGUACGCCUGGGGGAUCACAGCCUGAAGAAUAAGGACAGUUCAGAGCAAGAAAUGGCUGUGGCUCAAUCCAUCCCGCACCCCUGCUACAACAGCAGCAAUGAGGACCACAGCCAUGAUCUCAUGCUCAUCCGACUACGCGGUCGGGCAUCCCUGGGGCCCAAAGUGAAGCCCAUCAACCUGGCGGAUCACUGCCCUGAAGUUGGCCAGAAGUGCACCAUCUCAGGCUGGGGCACCAUCACCAGCCCCCGAGAGAAUUUUCCUGACACCCUCAACUGCGCAGAAGUAGAAAUCUUUCCCCAGAAGAAGUGUCAGGAUGUCUACCCCGGGCAAGUCACAGAUGCUAUGAUUUGUGCAGGCAACAGCAAUGGGGCCGACUCAUGCCAGGAAUGGAGACAUCAGCUCAGUUCCCUCCAAGUAAUCCUCACUGUCUUCUUUCUGGAUUGGACCUUUGAGACACCAUUCUCUUGCCUCCUUGGGAGAUUCCGGGGGUCCGCUGGUGUGUGGUGGUGUUCUCCAGGGCAUCACAUCCUGGGGAUCAGACCCCUGUGGGCGGCCUGACAGACCUGGUGUCUACACCAACAUUUGCCGCUACUUGGACUGGAUCAAGAAGACCAUAGGCAGCAGGGGUUGAUGCUAGAACAAG